CGCUAGUCCCCCCCCCCCUUACCUAGGAAGCGUUACUAAAUUAUCGUCUUAACCGGCUAAUCGUUCGUGUUACGAAAAAAAUAAAGGAAACAGGAAAAUCGUACGAUCUAAAUGAUCACUCGGAUCUUACAAAUUUAUGCACAAUGCACGUGCGUUUUGGCACGUGUGUGCUUCUGCCGACGCGCUGCCCGCGUGCGUUGAGCGCGGCCGGUAAACGAUGGCUUCGUCUAAACGGAAGAAUAAGGAGCACAACUGGUUCAGUUGCAGCUUGGCCAGAAACUACCCAAUGGCACGUAAUGUGUGCUGUACACAAGUGUCUCAUGCGUGUAUGUUUCAGCCCCAAGAUCAGAUUGAAGUUGGCGAGGAUGGCUUUAAGCAGUAUGAUGUCAUUACUGCUUUGGACAUGGAAGCCAUGAUGAGCACCAUCAACGCUUGGAAGGAAAACCCAGUGAAGUUUGAGAGAUCGCACGGCGUCAACAACACCCUGGAUGCGGAGAUGGUCUUGGAGUCGGAACACGGAGAGGAUGAUGUUCAUAUCCUCAUCGUGGAAGGCUUUCUGCUUUACACCUACAGACCUUUGAUCGACGUAUUUGACCAGCGUUACUUCAUUUCUAUACCAUAUGAAGAAUGCAAGAAGAGGAGGUGCUCAAGGAACUACACUGUUCCAGAUCCACCGGGUCUGUUUGACAGACACGUCUGGCCCAUGUACAUCAAACACCACGAGAUCAUGGAGGAGACCGGAGUUGAUGUUGAGCGACUGGAUGGGACGUGGUCAAAGGAGCAGCUGUAUAAUGCUGUCUAUGAAGACAUUCUGAACAACAUCCAGAAGCUGCUGUAGUGAAGGAUUGUUCACUGAGCACAGCUUUGCCCUGAUGACACCUGAAGCGCUGCCCAGUUCAGCAUGGAUUUUAAUCAUUAAUAUUUAUUGCUGCAUUUUCAGUCUGUGCUCUAGAGUGAAGAUUGUUAUGGCUUGAUGCACAUGUCAAUAAAAGGUGCUCCCCAUGUUUA